AUGGCUACUGAAAGCUCGAGGCAGCGGUUAGAUGGGAACCCUAUGCUUCGAGACGGAGUUACUGGCGACUGGAUCGGAACCUUCAUCGGGCACAAGGGUGCCGUCUGGCAAGCCAGAUUGAGUCCGGAUGCCUCCAAUGCCGCCACCGCCUCGGCUGAUUUUACUGCCAAGAUUUGGGACACCCACACUGGCGAGCUCCUCUAUACUCUUCAACAUGACCACAUUGUCCGUGCGAUUGCCUACCCUCCCGACAACUCCGACCUCAUUGCUACCGGCGGCAUGGAGAAAAAACUUCGCGUGUUUGAUCUGACAGACCUUCCCCGAACUGGCACCGGCGAUCCGAUCACAAUUCCCGCAUCGACCGGCUUCGAGAUCGGUGAAGGUGUCCACGGUGGCAGCAUCAAAUUUAUCUGCUGGACCCACGACCCCAACAUUGUCGUCACUGCUUCAGACAAAACCCUGCGCUGGCUUGAUCUCCCUAGCCGCGCUUGCGUGCACCACGAGAUUCUUGAUGGUGAAAUCAAAUCUUGCGAGAUUGUUAGCCUGUCGCCUGAACAUGCGUCACCAAGUGACAUUGGAGGCGGGAAGCCCGUCUUGUCAGUCGCGGCGGGGAAGACUGUAUACUUUUGGGGGGGGCUCAGGGCCAUGGAUGAACUGAAGCGUAUCACGCUUCCAUACUCCAUUGCUAGUGUCGCACUUGACCUCAAGGGGCGCAAGUUCGUGGUGGGCGAGGAGCCUGGGACGUGGGCCAGGGUCAUUAAUUAUGACGAUGAAACUGAGCUGGACGUUCACAAGGGCCAUCAUGGGCCCAUCUGGUCUAUCGGGUUUUCUCCAGAUGGUAAGCUCUACGCUACAGGUUCCGAAGAUGGAACAAUAAAGCUCUGGAAAAAUUGCGAAGGCUUCUAUGGACUCUGGAGAGGAGGAGCAGAGCGUUCCGCAGAAUAG